CAUCUUUUAUUACAGGCAAGAUUGUUUGGUCUUCACAACUUCAUGUAAAACAGCUUUCACAUUUCUUUCUGAUAGUCUCUGUAUAAGAGCCACUAUGAUGAGGUUUUCUGUUCUAAUCUGCCUGUCAGUGCUGCUGUUCAGCACUUCAGCCAAGCCAUACAGGCCCAGGGAAAAAGUGUUUGGCAAAGCAGUUCAGGACACUAUAGUUUUUGAUCAUCGCAAUGGGAAGAUGAUCCAGGGAAUGGAGGAGGUGGAGCCACCACAGGACAUGGAUAUAACAAAUUCUGACAUCGAUCCUAACAUGUUGAUUUGGAAAGCAGUAAAAGAAGAAAUUCAGCCGAAAUACAACAGACCUGAAGAGGAUAAAGAUGCUCUCUACCACUCCUUUGACAUAAAACAUCCAGCUGACCCAAAACAGCAUGAAAACUACUUUCAGCCACUGAGACACGAUCAGGUACAGAUGUAUGACAAACCAGAAGAAGAUAGGGACGAUCUAUACCAUGGAAUGUUUGAUGUAGCUGUCGAGCCAACGAAAGGAGAGAAGGCUGUAAUUGGAGGUAAUGCCAGGCCCAUCUACUCAAGCCCUGAAGAGGACAAAGAUGACAUGUACCACGCAGAUCUCAAAGGACAUCAGUCUGACCAGCAGGCUCUAGCGAUGAAUAUAUUCCCCAAUCGCCCCAUAAGAGUGCACACAGAGCCAGAGGUAGACCUGGAUGAGAUUUAUCAUAAGCAAUGAUAAAAUACGUCAUGUCAUAUCUAUGGGAGUGCAGUACUGGAUGUUAAUUCAUUAUGUGUGGUUUUAAUGAAAUGAUCUCUAUUUUUUAAAUCAUUUAAAAAAAAAU